AAUGUCUGAAAGAAUUGUAAAUAUUGGAGGUAUUGAAGGAGAAAUGGAUGAUUUUAUAAGAAAGAAUAAAGAUUCUAAAGGAAAAAAAGUUGUGACUGAAAGUAGUAAAGUAUUUGAAGGAUAUUUCCCUAGAAAUAAGGAAGAGGAGGAUUGGAUUUAUAAAGUUUAUAUUUUUUAUUUGCGAUAUUAGGCUUGGUUUAGUACACUUAAAAAAUCGAA